AUGCCGAUGAAGAAGGUCACCUUUCAGCCAUCUCGUCAGUCUAUCCCAAAGGAAGCUGAGCGUGUGUCACAGGUCAUUGAAGAAGCCUCUGGUUCAGACUCUACACCGAUAGACGGAGCGCAGGAAGAGUACGUCAUCUUUGAAGCUCUAGUCAAGCGAACUAGCGGAGCUACCACUGUCGAAGGAACUGAUCAGCGAGGGUCUUUCAUGUUUCGUUCGUCAACCACUUCGUCUUCCAAAUUCUCCACUGAACAUGUGGAGAAAGCGCCUGCUGUUUUGCGUACAGCUACAUGUGAGCCAACUCGCAGCUUCACCAAGCUUGUGCCAUCGCUCUCUAACGACUUUGAGUUUGAAGCACCGACUCUUCAGAUUGGAGGAGCUUGUAUAGCACCUCGUUCGCCAACACCAGAAGCCGAGGCCAUUGACCUGGGUUCAUCAGGAUUCUUCGAACCACUUACAACAAGCGAUUUGCAGCCUGAUCAGAAGGUUGAUGAGAUGUACAAUACUGCUUUCAAGACAGGGUGUGCAAGCUCUUCUCUGCUUGACGAACCACUGGUUCUGUACGACUUCUACCACGCAUCGACUGAGAUUGUGGCAGAUACUACCCUUGAAGAAGUUUCUGCAGCUCUUUCCAGCACACGAAUAAAAGAGAGUCCAAUGGAAAGGGUACAAGUAAAAUCAGCGGCUAUGGACUCGCCGUCUCCAGCACUAGUUCCUUUGCCAAGAAGGUUCAUCACCAGUACACCUACCUGUUACUCGGCGUUAGCUGGAAAAGCAAAACCAGAGACUAUUGUAGUGGCAGAAAUGACUGGAAAUUUUGCCAAACGACAACCGACGAUGAUUCCUGCCCAUGGCUCAGCGCAAGAUCUCGGUUGCAUCGUCACAGCUCAAACCCUCGAUCCCUCCUGGGAUGCAGAAAACCCAGAUCCACCAUCAGUACGCCGAGACGUCGAGACAAAGCUUCACGAGUCUCGAAAGCUCGAGAAUCAUAAGGCCUGUGCUCUGACAGAGGCGAACGACCACAUGCAACAAGACUUGACAGUGCCUUCACUUUCCACUGCACAAGAGAGGAAACCCAGUACCGCAGCACCUGGCAUCAUGGCGCCUCCCCCUCAAAUGAUCAACAGAGUUCACAGGGCCACAAAUGUUGAGAAGAAAUCUCGAAAGAAGGUUUCAAGCUAUCCCCCUGAAAGACAAUUCCCUCCAGCUCCUGCUUACCCUGUACGCGAUACCCCAGCAUGGACCAGACCAGAUACCUACACACCGCCCCCGAGGCUGAAAGCUAAGCCUCCUUUAUUGAAGAGUUGUUUCUUCGGACUUUGUUCAAAAUCAAAGAAAAAGCUCCAACCCGUUCAACAGCAGUCAUACAGGCCCGGAUAUCGUGCGCCAAGGCUUCAAGCUCAACGGUCUUUCGAGCCCUGUCGCGACCGACCAUUCGAGCCCUUUCGCCACGUGGCACCAAGACGGGUAGCAGGAACUCCUAGGGAACGCUACAAAGGACAAGAGGUUAUUCGACCGCACCUGUAUACAGAUCCAUGUAUCGAGCCCCAACUUCGAUUCUAG